CAUAAUGAGAGUGAAGUUCCAUUUUCUUCCAUAUUCUCUCUUCUUGAUCUACCGACUUUGAAACGCGCUCCCAUGGAGUUCCCCAUGACAGUCCCGCGCUGGCCAAUGAAGAUCAACUGAUUCUUCAAGAUACUGCCUUCAUUCUACUUAUAACCCAUAACCAAUUCAUCAUCUCUCUCGAAUUUCUGCCAUGGAACUUCUCCCUAAAAGAAUUUCUCUCCCCUUCAAUCUUCUCUUUAUCUUCUCCGUCUUUCUGGUUGUAUCACUCGUUGGUCUCAUUGGAGCGGAUGCAUCCAAUGCCUCUGUCACUCUAGAUGGAAAGCCUAUGUAUCAAUGUGUUCAAUGUGGUGAUGGAGAGGAGCAAGAUACGGGAAAUAGAAUCAGCACCAAUGAAGAUGAUAAGGAUAUUGACAUAAUUGCAGCCUAUAGUGAUCCUUCUGGUGCUUUUCGCCUUGGAAGGGUCAAAUUGAAGGAUUUAUCUGCCUCGUGGAUAUGGGAAAAUUCUUUGGAUGGAAACCAUCACCAGCCUCUGAGUUCCCAGACAGACCCACUAAUUUCCAGGAAGGAGAAUAAAGAAAUCGUGGAGCAUUCUGUGAAUGACCAUCCUCCUGGAGAAGGUGAAGCUGAAUUUUCUCGUUUAUCAUCAAUGAAUCCAGUGAAGCUGAAACGACGGGCAAUGCGACAGGAGAGGAGGGCUCUACGAGCUGCAGAAUUGAUUCGAGAAGAUAAAGAGAUGGACAAUCAGAUGGCAGCUGCUGCUAUUGAACGAUCUAAAAAUUUUGACACUACAGUGCAGGGAAAGUACAGCAUUUGGAGGAGGGAUUUUGAAAACCCUAAAUCUGAUUCCACCUUGAAACUUAUGCGGGAUCAGAUCAUAAUGGCGAAAGCAUAUGCAAAUAUAGCCAGGUCAAACAAUGAUACAGGACUUUACAAUACUCUGAUGAAGCACUGUAGAGAAAGUCAACUUGCCAUUGGGGAAGCUAAUUCUGAUGCUGGGCUUCAUCCAAGUGCACUAGAUCGAGCAAAAGCAAUGGGUCAUGCUCUUGCAAUGGCCAAAGAUGAACUGUAUGAUUGUCUUACUAUGGCGAGAAAGUUGAGAGCCAUGCUACAAUCAACAGAGGACAAUGUGAAUACCCAAAAGAAAAAGAGUGCAUUCUUGACUCAGCUAGCAGCCAAAACAGUCCCUAAAUCCUUGCAUUGCCUUCCUUUACAACUAGCAGGAGACUAUUUCCUACAGGGCCAUCAUCUUAAUCAUAAUAUUGACAGAGAAAAGAUUGAAAAUCCUUCUCUGUAUCACUAUGCUAUUUUCUCAGAUAAUGUGUUAGCUACCUCCGUUGUAGUCAACUCCACGGUUUUGCAUGCUAAGGAACCUGAGAAACACGUUUUCCAUAUUGUCACAGAUAAGCUGAAUUUUGCUGCUAUGAGAAUGUGGUUUCUUGUUAAUUCUCCUUCAAAAGCGACAAUCCAAGUUCAAAACAUUGAUGAUUUCAAGUGGUUGAAUUCCUCUUACUGCUCUGUUCUCCGACAACUUGAAUCUGCAAGACUUAAAGAAUAUUACUUCAAGGCGAAUCAUCCUUCUUCCCUCUCCGUUGGCAUGGAUAAUCUGAAGUACAGGAAUCCAAAGUAUUUGUCCAUGCUAAAUCAUCUUAGAUUCUACCUCCCUGAGGUGUAUCCCAAGUUGGACAAGAUCCUAUUUUUGGAUGAUGAUAUCGUAGUUCAGAAGGAUCUAACGUCCUUGUGGGACAUUGAUUUGAAAGGUAUGGUGAAUGGGGCAGUGGAGACCUGUAAAGAAAGCUUUCAUAGGUUUGAUAAAUAUCUCAACUUCUCAAAUCCAAAGAUAUCGGAGAACUUUGAUCCAAAUGCAUGUGGUUGGGCAUUCGGCAUGAAUAUUUUUGACUUGAAGGAAUGGAGAAAACGAAACAUGACUGGAAUCUACCAUUACUGGCAAGAUCUGAAUGAGGACAGAACUCUGUGGAAACUUGGGUCGCUACCGCCAGGUUUGAUCACCUUUUACAAUCUUACUUAUCCACUAGACAGAGGGUGGCACGUUCUGGGGCUCGGAUACGACCCCGCCCUCAACUUAACGGAAAUAGAGAAUGCUGCAGUUAUCCAUUACAAUGGAAAUUACAAACCUUGGUUAGAUUUAGCUGUUUCCAAGUACAAGUCGUACUGGUCUAAAUAUGUGAUGUAUGGCAACCCUUAUCUCCAGCUUUGUAACAUCAGUGAAUAACAAUUUUUGCCCACCCCUCUUUUUCACUCAAUUUUUUAAUAGAAAGGAAUGAAGUAGAUCGUUUUUGCUA